GAUCGUCGUCUUUGCGACCCCCGUGUUGUGGCCAGGGAACGUCUGGGCCUGGAGCUUGUGUAACGGACAGCCCGCGAUGGAUGUGGAAAAUUAAGCUAGAUAGGAAGCAUGUGAAGUGGUUGCCGCGGCGUGUGUUUGGUUUGUGUUUACAAUCUGUGCGAUGGAGAAAAUAACGGCUCCCUGAAGUAGACUACGAGCUGUGUGACAAGCCCAAGUCUGUUCCACCAGGCUUCUCCUCUCUGCCACUAAGGCCUGGACACCCGCUGGAGAUGGAUGUUUGCUCCACAACCUUUGAAUUUGUGUGACCCCACUGACGGAGGAGCAGAAGACUUCACCGCUCAGCAUGAAGCCAGUCAGCUACCAAAGCAUGCCUCCGUCAGUGAGCGGCGCACACCCCGGUCUGGCGCUGGAUCGCUUCAUAAACACUUCAAAUGUCAUGUACUGUGAGAAAUGUGGAUUUGCGUCUACCGACGCUGAAGCCUUCAAGAAGCAUAUGAUCGAACACCUGGGGACGCGGUUUUACUGUUUUUAUUGCAAUGGGGUUUCAUUCAGCGAGGCAGAGUUAAAUGCACACUUGAAGCAACACACUAAGUAUCCGUUCAAGUGUCCUCACUGUGGACAGGGAUACAUGCGGCGGCUGUGCCUUGUAAAGCACAUCGAGCGUUUGCAUAAUAAAAGCGUCAGCCCGAUCCCUACUGGUCCGAAGGCUGGCGUUCCCAAACACCUCCAUGUACCCGUGUCCAGUGCCUUAUCAAGUGUGCCCGUUGCUAAUCUAAUGCCACCACCUCCGGCCGUGCGCAUAACAGUCCCCAAACCAAGUGGACCUCCAUUCAGACUGGGGAAAGACGAGGGGAAAGGAAAAACGCUGGCCACAAAUGUGUCAAAUGCCUCUAAUAGAAAUGCAGAUCAUUUGUCGCCUUUGAAUGGAUUAAUUCAACACAACAGAGCUCUCACUGUGUCUCUACCAGAAGAAGUGUCGAUCCCCGCCGGCUGCUUGGUUGAACUUGUCGAGGUAAAGACUGUUAAUGGGACAAAGGAGCUAAAGCUGAGGCUUGUCACUCAACAAGAAAAUGAGUCUGUGAUAAAGGACACGAGGACCACUGUGUCCCAAAGCUCCGCACUUGGAAAGCCAUUGUCAUCUGCACUGAAUCAUCCGAGUUCCCGGAGUAUGGGGAUGUGCGCACCUAACAGGAAACUAAUUGAAACUAACUCCAUGGACAUGGAGCGUACUGCUGUUUCAGGUACUAUUCCUAAAAAAGUCCCAAAUCAGGUGAACAAAGAAAAGGCUGGCUUCAAAAGAACAUCAGAAGUAAUCAACUUGGAAUGCAACAUUCCAAACAAGCUUCCCAAAUGCAUCCUCAGCCCCGUGAGAGACGUAAAUCCUGGGAUCAGAAUUGCACCAAGGGACCCUGUGACCAUUACCGCUCCUGCUCCCGCUCAUGCUUCCGCUGUUGUGACGACUAGGGUCACCAGCAGGUUGACUAGCAGUCUGCAUCCAGACAAUAUGGGAAGUGGGAACCUAAUUCCAGAGCUUUCCAAGAGCAUCCCACCACCCCGGAGGGCAAGUGAUCCAAAGAGCGUUCCUCGAGAGGUGGCCCUGCCUGUGAAGCUGGAGCCUGGGGAGGUCAACGUCAGGAGCAAUGCGGCUUCGGAAAUAAAGAAAGAGACAGCAGGCUCGAAUCAGCAGAGUCUGAAAUCGGCUCUUCCGUCUCUGAAUGUCUCCUCAGCUGCAGAUGCACAGCUGAGACCUCCAGCUGUUUGCAAGGAUAAUGCCGCUGCUCCUAAUUUACCUUUCCCAUCACACAGGACUGCAAGUGAUCACGCAUCGGUCAAAACACCUGCACUUUCUAAUCACACAAACUCUAGCAUUGUGUCUUGGCCCAGUGAAGUGCGACCUAGGGAGAGAGCACGGGAUGAAGAAAAGCCAGAGCCGGAGAGUUUUCCAGUUAUCUCGUCUGUGUUUUCAUUAAGUCAACAACCGGAGGAAGUGCAAGGCUCCUUUCAGCCACUGGUCAUGGCUCUGCGUGGCAUAGUGAUGGAGAAAACCAGCCUCUCUGGCAGCCCUGCUCAAAGCCAUGUUAAUGUAACUAACAGCAAAGAGCCGACGAAGGAGGAGCCCAAAGCAGAAUACGGUACCGAGGUGGCCCCGAAGAGCAUGGCUGUUACCUGUGAUCGGCUCGAAGAGCAAACCAAGGACUGUAUGAAAGUAGAGGCGCACGAGAAAGGUGUCCAGCACCCUCCUCUGACUGACAGCGUUCACAUCAAGGAGGAAGUAAACAACACUAAAACAACAACAAGUUCGACAUGCAGUCAAACGUCUGCGUCAGAGUCUUCAAAAGCUGUGGAGUCUGCGUCGGAGUCUUCAAAAGCUGUGGAGUCUGCGUCGGAGUCUUCAAAAGCUGUGGAGUCUGCGUCCGAGUCUUCAAAAGCUGUAGAGUCUGCAUCAGAGUCUUCAAAAGCUGUGGAAUCAGGGUCUACAAAGACCUCCCCCGCAGAUGUGCCUGUGGCUGCAGCGCCUCUCCAGCCAGUAGCAAAAAGGCAUCGUGACGUCUAUUCCUCAAAGUUCCCCACUGUUUCUCUGAGAAGAGUCCAAAUGGGCGUGUGGAAACGAAGCAGCAUUGGACUAAAACUUAGAAUAUCUAAAUACAAGGCACGGCUGCCUGUGGCCAGUGUGGCCGAUUGUACAGUAAUUCACCCGAUGCCGCUGAAGGUGAACCAACUAGUCAAACGACCAGGCCCGUAUCAGCCUGUAGUGGUUCUGAACCACCCGAAGCCCCGGGCCACCGUCCAGGGAGUGAGGGCAGACAGCGUCGCUGACACCGGAGCCUCCACUAUGGUUCCAAAGUGCCAAAUUCUAAAGAUGAGGCUGAGCAAAGUGAUGGGGCAGAAGUACGAGGUGAUGGGCUGCACUGUUCGAGUCUUUCAAUGAAUCUAUUAGUGUACAUUUAUCUGAAACGAACUAGUAUUAAAAAGGGAAGAUGCUGACUCUAAAAAGAUGUGUGUGUUGUCAAUAUACUGUAGAAAAUGGGAGCAAGGUUACUCAGUGCAAUGUACUGCUUUGGGACAAUAUGCUGCAGUCAGUGAUUUACAGACGUGCUGUUUGUACAACGGUAGAUCUGCCCGAGUUUAGACGUAGCACAUGGCAACGAGAGGAUCCUCUGUGAUUCACCUAUGAAGAUGUGAUCUCCAUCCACGAUUCGUUAAUUCCACUCAUUUGUUUUGACCGGUGACUUGAACGUAUUCACAGAAAGACCGCUGGCGCUCACAUUCAUUGACCUGCAUGUCUUUGUAGCAGAUACCUACCUGAGGAGACGGCCGAUUCAAUGACGUGUGACCUGUACUCGCAUGUCAUACCGUCAUUGUGCGUUAGCGGUAGCAGGUUUAGGUUUCGCAUUAAGACCCAGAACAAUGGAAAAACACCAAACAUAAGUGGCCACAAACAGAAAAGCUUAAAAUGCUUCGUUUCUUCUGAUGCGUCUGUCUCCAGCAGAUGUUAGGAUUUCAAAGCCAAAGCUUUUCUAAGUCUGCCCCAUUUCAGCGGGUUCCUCUGAAGACGGCCUGAGAAAUGUAGCCUUGGACGUGCAGCACCCAGGAACCUCAUGGACACACGUUAUGACGAUUGUGCAGUAAUGUGCGAGUUGUCAAAGUAAACCUGAUCAAUAAUAAAGGCGCAGCGAAGUGAAAAAAGGGAGCCGGAGGACGUUUACAUGUUGUGACGUUGUCAUGUUAAUCUGCCCCCGUUUCCCAGCUGCAUUUACCGCUUCACUGGCUGUUAAUAAUAAACUCAGAAUGUUGUGACUUCUCCAUUUGACCAGGACUUUAGGGGUUCAUGUUGUAAAGUGUUAAUUCAUUUUCAGUCUCUGCUCAAUGUGUCGAAUACGGAUCAAGCUCGGGGUUCCUUUAAAGAGCGAUACAAGAGGCCCAACGCAAAGUGUUUAUUACUGUACUGCUUAGAGAGACUUGACUUUAUUUGCGUUUUUCCACCAUGUAAAUAUUUGGUGCCUGUGAUGUGUAGCUUUCAUCAAAUGGACGUGAGCGUCCUCUUUCCCGAUUUGUCACAGAUCUGCUUCUCACAAACGCAUCAUGGCACAUCUGUCUUCUUGUUUAUGAUGUAAUCACCACGUACGAGACCUCUGAUUAUAGGUGUAUAUACUUUUGUCAUCUACAGAUUUUAUUCUGUAUAUACGUAGAAUAUAAAUCACAGCAGCGGUGUUCUUACUCUAACGGUUAGUCCUUUGUGUCCUCGGCUGCAUGUUCAUCAGUUUUCAAACUAACAGUGUCUGAAAUUGCCUUUUAAAAUUUGGUUUUGUAGAAACAUUUUAAAGGUGUUUGAUAUUUCUAUUGCUUUUCCUUGUUUUCUUUGUGAGAUAAUUAUUCAUGUCAUUUUUAAAUUUACGCUACAUUCAGUGUUUAUCCUCAUUGUAUUACAUGCUUUUAUAACAAUUGUGUAACUCUUCCUUUUUCUAUUAAAAGAAAUAUGAUCACGA